AUGGAUUUCGCAAGACGAUAUGUUAACAACGAGAACAUCGUGAAUACUGCUGUCCGAGGCGAUUUGGCACAGCUGAGGCACUUAGUUCAGCGCAACGUGGACAUCAACGUGCAGGAUGGACUUCAGGAGACGGCAUUGUUUGCCGCAGUCUGCCACCAACACGUCGACGCUGUCGAGCUUUUACUGCAAGCGGGAGCCAACCCAAACCUUACGUGCAGUAACUCCUGGAAGGCAUUGCACGCAGUGAGCCGCAGUGGCAAUGAGGGUAUUGCAAGACUGCUGCUUCGGCAUGGAGCAAACACUGAAGCCCGAGAUAGCGUUGGGUGGGUCCCUCUUCAUGUGGCCAGUCUCUACGGAAAUGAAAAUAUCGUCGCCGUUCUGCUUGAGCACCACUCCAACCCGAACGCCAGAGCGGCGGAUCAGAGCACGCCCCUUCACAUUGCGGCAGACUUUGGGCACGAAGCAGUAAUCCGGAGGCUCGUGCAGCAUGGAGCCGACUUGGGGGCUCAGUGUACGGUGGGCAAUACUCCGUUGCACGUUGCUGCA